AUGGCUUCCCAGAACCAAGAGCUCCUCCAGGCUAUCGCCAAGGCCGCGGACCAGUACCCGAAGCCCCCCGUGACGUUCGCCUACGGAACCGCCGGGUUCCGCACCCUUGGCGAGCGUCUGCCGUCGGUCAUCUUCCGCGUUGGCAUGCUGGCGGUACUCCGCUCGCAGCGCCUCAACGGCGCGACGAUUGGCGUGAUGGUCACCGCGUCCCACAACCCCGAGCCCGACAACGGUGUUAAGCUUGUGGACCCUGCGGGCGAGAUGCUCGAGCAGUCUUGGGAGGCCCACGCUACCGCGCUGGCCAACUGUGAGACGACACAGCUCCUGGUCUCAACGUAUGAGGACAUCGCAGCACAGUUGCGUAUCGACAUCAACACCCCCGCGUCCGUGGUUUACGCGUAUGACACACGCCCCUCGGGCCCAGCACUGAUCCAGGCGCUGGAGGCUGCCCUUGGUGCUUUCGGGGACCGCGUCAACACUGUCAACGUUGGCAUCACCACCACCCCGGUUCUCCACUACGUCGUCAAGGCCACCAACGACAAGUCUGGCACGUACGGUAAGCCCACGAUCGAGGGGUAUUACGAGAAGCUUGCGACCGCGCUCAAGACUCUCAUUGGCAAUCGUGCACCCUUGGCCCCCCUGUACGUCGACUGCGCAAAUGGCGUCGGAGCCGUCGCACUGGAGGAGUUCGGCAAGUACGUCGAGGACAUUAUCACGCUCAAGGCUCUCAACACGGACACCAAGACCAAGGGCGCGCUCAAUUACCAGUGCGGCGCCGACUUCGUCAAGACCAAGCAGCAGCUCCCGCCAUCGGUGGCAGAGGCUGGCGUCCUCGCGAAGCCCGACACGCGCGGCGCUUCCUUCGACGGUGACGCUGACCGCAUCGUUUACUACUACCUCCGCGACGGCAAGACCUUCCGCCUCCUCGACGGCGACAAGAUUGCUGUGCUUGCUGCUCUCUUCAUCGAGGACCUCGUCAAGCGUGCCAAGCUCCACGAUGACAUCAAGGUCGGCGUUGUUCAGACCGCCUAUGCCAACGGAUCAUCGACCAAGUUCAUCAAGGAGCGCAACAUCCCAGUGACCUGCACUGCUACUGGUGUGAAGCACCUGCACCACGCGGCGCUCAAGUAUGACGUCGGUGUCUACUUUGAGGCCAACGGGCAUGGCACCGUCCUCUUCUCGUCUGGCGCGCUCGAAACGCUGCACAAGGCCAAGCCGAACUCGCCGGACGAGGUCAAGGCGAUCAAGAACCUCCUCGCCCUCUCCGAGCUCAUCAAUCAGGCCGUUGGUGAUGCGUUGUCGGAUCUCCUCCUGGUCGAGGUAGUCCUCGCGCAUCGCGCGUGGGGUGCGGCCGAGUGGGACGCCGGGUACGAGGACCUCCCCAACCGCCUGGUGAAGGUCGAGGUCCCCGACCGCACCAUCUUCCUUACCACCGACGCCGAGCGCAAGCUCACCUCGCCGGAUGGGCUGCAGAAGCUCAUCGACGAGGCGGUCCUCAAGGUCAAGCAAGGCCGCUCGUUCGUUCGGCCUUCGGGGACAGAGGACUGCGUGCGUGUCUACGCCGAGGCCUCGACGACGUCCAGUACUGACCAGCUUGCCGCUAUCGUUACCGACCUGGUCAAGCAGGCCGCUGCAGCUGCGGCGACUGCGUAG